CCCCCAGCAUCAUCGAUAACCGAGCGACGGGACUGUCCUCACUGCUUCUCUCCCGCCCUGCCCAACGACAACAAACGACAACAACCUACACCACACACAACCACCACCACCACCACCACCACCGCCAUCUGGUAAUCCCGAAAUCCAUACCACGACUUAAUCACACCACAGCUCUGUUGACCCGGACAUGACGCCUCGUCCUUCUCCCUAGCAAUCGUAGCUAAGCAAUAUCACACACAUCUCGGAACACUCAUCAAACAACGGACCGCCUCUGUUCCUGGCUUGCUUGGCAUGUGUGAUCCAAAACAGUCCCCAUCCCUUCCGUCGUCGGUCUCCCUCUGCCUCGCACCAGCAGCAGCAGCCGGCUGCCCGCCGUCAGUGCAAACAUGGACAAAUCACCAAAUAUAACGGCGUCGGCCUCUUCGCCCUCUCCUCCCAAGCGCUCCCAGAUCCCGACUACGAAUCCCUCAAGGACCGUGACCCACGCCGGCCAGCAGGCGCAUGCGCAGGCACAGACACCGUCGAAUCCACUCCCCACGCUGGCCCGCGAAUCCACUUCCAGCUCCGCGGCCACCGUCAAUCCCAGGUCCGAUCCAUGGUCUUCUUCCAACAAGCUGACUUCGCAGACCACCUCGGCCACGUCUGCAGCACCAGCACCAGCAAUAUCCUCCUCCUCCGUCUCCCGUGCUUCGUCCGUAGCUCCCUCGCCCUUUGCCUCGCGCGAAUCCUCUCCCACGAGACCUGCCAACCGAGCCCCCACCACCCGUAAUCCCACCGCUGCAUCGUCACGAGCGCCCUCACGCGGCCCUGCUGCUGGCGGUGCUGCACCUCGAUCGCGCAAGAACAGCUUCCAGGAUCCCGCUCCCUCGAGUAGAUCCACGAGACCAGGCAGCGUAUCCUUGUCGACGGCCGGCUCAAGAACGCUGUCGUCGGCCACGACGCCCACCUUCCUCCCCGCUGCGACGGAUCGGAACGUCAAUGCGCCUGCACCCCCGUCCAAAUCGCCAACUGCCAACGCUUCUGCUGCUCAUCCCCAUCCGACUGGUAGCCAGGAUCCUUUGAAGUGGCCCGUGUCCUCCAGACUGCGGUCUCCUCCACCCAUCGUCACCAAGCCGCCCAUCCUCGGUCCGCCCAGACGACAGGAUCAGACUCCAGACAUCUCUCCUUCCACCGCCCUUCCACGACAGACAUCGUCCUUUUACGCCCCGGAAUCUCAGUCGGACACGGACGCGGACGACCUCACUCCAACCCAGCCCGGGGCCAGAACUCCCGCUCGUGCUGCGGGAGGGAGCACCUCCGUCCUUGAGACUGUCCAGGAAGUCAGUCCUUUUGGUUCUCCGCGAGUCUUUGAGCAGUCAAUGGAGGAAAGACUGGGACACAGGCUCAUGUCCGAAGCGACCGUGCCCUCAGAAGCCGGUGAUUUCUUUCGCCAAAAAGAGCUAGCGGGAAGGUCAAAUUCCAUCAUGACGGAAAGCGGAGCCGAAGAUGCGACCCCCAUCGAGGCGGUCCGCCGAAGCGGAUCGACCAGUGCGCCGCCCCUGACGUCAAGGCAGUCGAGCUUGUCAGUCCGACCCCCUGCCAAGGGCAAGCCCGGCGAGGCUUCUCAACAGAGCAUGACGGUAGAAGCCGAAACGGUCACCUCGAUUCCCCAGGUCGCCCUCGCGCCAGGAGGAGGAGUGCAGCCUUCAAGUCUCAGUCUGCGCACAAAACCCAGCACGGAGACGAUCCGGCCCCCCAAGAAAGAAAAGAAGAGGACGGCACGGAAGCAGCCCAACAUGACAGCUGGCACUGCAUCCUCCAAGGCCGACAUCUUCGAGGCAAAGGUAGCAAGCGCAAUUGAGGAAACUAACUCGUCAGACUCGGACGAAACAUUUGUCUACGACUCCAACCCUCCCGACCAUCCCAGACCACCCCGUUAUCACUCUAGGACACCGAGCGCGGCAUCCAUGGUCAGCCAGAUGAACCGUGCCGAUAUGCGCUCCAUUCAUUCUGCCAUGAUGAACGUUGAACAGCCUAUCGGGGUAAAGCGAAGCAUGAAGUUUGUGAACUCUUACAAUCCCAGCAUUAACGAAAGCGUUGGCGGCGAAGAGGACGGCAAGAGCACAACCGGGAGAAGCACAGCAGGGUCAGCCAGGGGAACAUCUGGGCGACAUCAUCACUAUGGCCGAUGGGGCCGUAAUGGGGGAGGAAACGGGCAUGCGUCGCUAUUCGCCGAACAAUCACCCUUCAGCGGAGCUAACUCGGGAAACAACAACUCACGACCCUCAUCAGGCGUUAAUAGCCCUCGAUACUUGAGCCGGAGCGGCCCCCAUGCUAAGAGCAGUCGGGGAACGCAUCUAUCGGUUGGUUACGAUCUCGACGACAAUGCUACUGGCGCCGACGAUGAAACCACGCCGUUGAUACAGUCUGGGACAGUACGGUCAUCAAGGUCAGCACGAAGUCGGAGGAACGGCUUGCACUCGCUACGGUCCAUGGAAUCGGGUACCUAUCGACAACCACCAUCCUUCUUGAAUCGUUUCGCCAGUUGCCUGGUCUUGACAGUGAUGCUACUACUUGUCGUUUCGGGAGCCAUUGGGUUCAUGUUUGCGACAUCACAACCACUUACCGAUAUCGAGCUGAUAUCGAUGGAUCAUGUGGUCGCGAGCGAGCAGGAGUUGAUGCUCGACCUGACGAUUAGGGCCAAGAACCCCAACGUGGUAGUUGUGGUGGUGGAUGCGGCGGAUAUCGAGGUCUUUGCCAAGUCACCGCAUGCCGGUACCGACUCGGAAUGGUAUCGCACUCACCCUGGUGACAUGCCGCCUCUGGAGAGCAACAAGGAAGAGGUACGAAUAAGCAGAUCAGGGGAUUUAGCCAAGAUCCUAGAUGACCCGCCGAACGACCAGCCGCCCGAGGAAUCGUCUCCCAAUAUGCGCCUCGGCACCAUCACGGGCUUCAACAGCGCUCUUACCUUUGAGGGUUCCUUCUUCCACCAGGGCCUGUCCACGUCUAUGGGUGAAGUCCGUCUCAAGAACCCCGGCAACGUAACAGUGGGCGGAACCGAGAGAUGGGAGCGCAUCAUAGCAGAUGACUUCCAACUUAUCAUCAAGGGUGUGCUAAAAUAUACCCUGCCGCUGAGCCAGAGGGUCAGAACGGCUGCAAUUUCGGGCAAGACCACGGUCAAGGCGAAUGCGGCCAAUGAUCGGGAUUUAAGGAAGCCGCCGGAGGAGGCGAAGCCGAUAGAGGAUGUCGGCGGAGGCAGCGGUGGCAGAACAGGAGGUGAUGAUAACGACCACGACAAUGACGUUUCUAUUUCCCUUGAAUGAGUGUCUGAAAGAGAGGGAUGAUAACAUGGUAGAGAACAAAGUCCCCAUCCCUGCACACAGGAACAAUACCAUGCCACGAGACGAACUCCUUUACGAACUUUUUUUAACUGGUUUUUUUUGAUGAACAAAAAUCAAUACCCACUAUACACUACACUUACACUACACCGCUGCUCGACGCAGGCUGUUUUCCUUUGUCGGAAUAGUUUUAUGAGGCAAGCAGGCACAGGCAGGCAAGCAAGCAGGCACCCUUAACCUUCCUCUUCUAACUCCUGAGGUCAUGAUCACUUCCCUCCUUGUAUAUUUCUCUCUGAGCGUCGUUCAAACUGCAUAGCAUCGGGGCAUCAUCUGUGAUACGGGCUGUAUGUAUGUAUGUUAUUUUCUUUAUCUUGUUUCUCAGCGUGUUUUUGUGCGUUGGUGAUGAUGAUGGUGAUGUUAUGAAUUGUCUAUUUGCGAGUGAGGUGAACUUGGGAAAGUGAUGACCAAACCAACCAACCAGGAGCUCUUACUCCGUUCUGUCUUGUUUCAUUUCGAUUACAUUCGGGGACCGGUUUGCUUGCCUGCUAGUGGCGGCAAGUAAGGGAAAUUAAAAUUACCUAGAAGGGAACGACCGAGGAACCUACUACAAAUACAAAGAGGAGGAACUUGACGGGAAUCAACAAGAAGGGAUGAACAAAACAAAAUACUAGGGAUAAGACAGAGAGAGGGGGAAGGGAAACCAAUGGAAUGGAACACACGGAAGGAACGCAAAAAAAAGGGGGAAAUCACCCGUACCGGUGUCCAAGACAAAAGGAGGAAUGAGAAUAUGUACGGAAGGAGUAAUCACGAGAUGGGUAGAGAUCAUCUCAUCUUCAGUUACUUUGGACUGAAGAGUAGACUGGAGGUACGGUAAUACUUGGCGAAAUGAAAUUGAAAGUCAUCGAUGUGUGGGAAGACGGGGCGGGACGGGGGCGAGGAGGAUACCUUCCCAGGCAAUUGAGUAGGUAGGUAAAACCUUACGAACUAUCGAAAGAGACAAAUGGAGUCAAGGAGGUAAUACAGGCAAAUGGAUUGAAUUGAAUUGAGCCACUUUCAAUCUACCUCUGUGUGAUAACUCACUCACUUCACCUCCAAGUCACCGAGUCACCAAGUCACCAACUGAGUAAACAAAAACCACACCGGGCAACAAGCAAGCGGGCAUUGUUCCCCAACAACCUCAGUUAAUACCUACUUGCUCCUCGCCAGACCUACGAAGUCGAACGGCGCUGAACUUCAGGACAGAGAGAGAAGCACAAACAGCAAGAAUAAGAAGAAGAAGGAAUACCUACCUCUUGUUCUACGAGGGUUAGGUUCUUUCUUUCGUG